AAAUAAUAAAUGGAAGUUCUUCGGCGAUGGCGUGAGGUCAGAGGUGAGGAAGUUCAAUGUUCACUCCGGUUUCCAUCGACUGAUAUGUCUCCGUCACUGGUGCCCGUCGUCCUCAUCACCUACCUCCUCCUCCCCCUUCUUCCCCUCUCCACCGCCGACGCGACUGCCGCAACCUCAGCAAUCCACCGCCGGCCACCGGCUCCCCGCGGGUCUCUCUGCUCCCAGCUCGUCCAGCCUGCUGGCUAUCCCUGCUCCGAGUACACCGUUCAAACAAAGGAUGGUUAUUUGUUGGCCCUUCAUCGUGUUUCAAGUAGUGGCCAAAAUUUGAGAGCUCAGCGUGGUCGUCCAGUUCUAUUGCAGCAUGGACUUUUUAUGGGAGGUGAUGCCUGGUUCCUGAAUUCAGCAGACCAAUCAUUAGGUUUCAUCCUUGCUGAUCAUGGUUUUGAUGUAUGGAUUGGAAAUGUGCGGGGGACACGCUGGAGCUAUGGGCAUAUCUCAUUGUCGGAGAGAGAUAAGGAUUUCUGGGAUUGGAGUUGGCAGGAACUGGCUCUUUGUGACCUUGCAGAGAUGGUCCACUUUAUUAAUUCAACAACUGGCUCCAAAGUUUUCCUUGUUGGUCAUUCCCAGGGGACAAUAAUGUCCUUAGCUGCCUUAACUCAGCCUGAUAUAGCAGAGAUGGUUGAAGCUGCUGCCCUCUUAUCACCAAUAUCAUAUUUGGGACAUAUAACUGCUCCACUUGUAUGGAGAAUGGUUAACAUGCAUGUUGAUCAGAUGAUAAUUGCGAUGGGCAUUCAUCAACUUAAUUUCAGAAGUGACUUUGAUGUUGGAAUCAUGGAUGCAAUAUGUGAUGGCCGCAUAGAGUGCAAUGAUUUGCUGACUUCAAUUACAGUUCCUGGUCUGUGUCAAAGAUUGAAACUGGUCAUCACUGUUUGCCCGGCAGGGAAGAAUUGUUGCUUUAAUAACUCUCGCGUGGACUUCUAUCUUGAGUAUGAACCCCAUCCAUCGUCAUCGAAGAACUUGCGCCAUCUUUUUCAGAUGAUCCGUAAGGGAAGUUUCUCAAUGUAUGACUAUGGAGUCCUAAAGAACUUGAAGGUCUAUGGUCAAUUCAAGCCCCCAAUGUUCGAUCUUACUCGCAUACCAAAGACAAUGCCACUGUGGAUGGCUUAUGGAGGCAACGAUGCUUUGUCAGACAUUACAGAUGUAAAGCAGACUCUGAGCGAAUUACACUGCAAGACCGAACUGGUCUAUCUCGAGAACUACGGCCACGUGGACUUCAUUCUGGGCCUCAAUGCAAAGGAAGAAAUCUACGACCACAUGAUCGGGUUUUUCAGAUCUUUCGGAAAGUCAUACAGCUCUUGAGUCUAUACACUCUCGCCAAUCAAGUACAUUGCUUGUUCUUGCUUUGUACAUAAUGAUGUAACCGUAGUCGUUCUUUCUCCUCUUGUAAAGCUGAACAAAUCAUGAAAAACAAGAUGAUCGUAUUGUGAAGGAAAAAGGGAAUGACCUGUGUUACCUCAGCUUCUGCA